UGGGCCAGUGACUUCUACGCGUGAAUGACGGAAGGCUAGGAGGGCGGUCCGGCGGUCAGCGGUGCAGCAGCAGUAGCAGCUUCGGCAGCUUCGUCCGAUAUCUGCGGCCGGAGCGAUAAGCCCGCUCUCUGCUGUUGCCAAUCAAGACAGCUUGAUAAAGGUGCGCUAGGCAGACUGUGAAACAGGCCGUUGACCCCUGCUGCAGAAAAACACAGUGGUAACUACAGCAGGCACAAUCUCCACACCCACCAUCACAUUGCACAGAACUCCACCACCACAAAAAUGAGUAGGAACGAAGCACUGAGGUACCGCAUGGAUUCAGGUGGAAGCAGUGGUGACGAGGCAGACGGGGGCGUUGCCGCGAUGGCAGACUACAUCAGGGGCAAGAAGACAUACACCAAGUGGGACGCAGACACCGACAACGUGGACAUGGACCUGUCGCCUGAGGCACCACACGUCCAGGUGGCUUCCAGCCCCGGCUGGUUCUCCGGAACCAAAGGACGAGUGCUUCGCGUGCUGAUAGUGGGAGUCAUCUUCCUGGUGGGGCUCAUGUGCGGCUAUGUGGCACGCAAGAGCAUGCGUGAUCUGGGCCAGCCAGCACAGUCGUCCUGCCCUAUGCCAGGGGGCAUCUACUCCUUCAAGGAACGCUUUGCAGAGCAGCUGCUUACCGGUGUUGACAAGAAAAACCUUGACAGCUGGUUGCGGGUGAUGAACGUGGACUACCACAUGGCUGGAACCGAGAGGGGACAGCAGCUGGCCAUGCGGAUCGAGCAGGCCUGGAAGCUUUACGGCGUGGACAACACGCGCACCGAGGUCUUCAAGCCUCUGCUGUCUUUUCCAGACAAGGAACACCCAAAUGAGGUGCGAAUCAUGCGCGGCACCAACGUAUUGUUCAACACUUCUGAAACUGGUGCCGAGGCAGCCAUGACAGUGAAGCCAUUUUCAGCCUAUUCACCUGCAGGAAUCGUCAAGGGCAAGCCCGUGUAUGCCCACUAUGGAACAGAAGCAGACUUUGCGCUCCUCAGGAGCAAGAACAUCAACCUCAACAAUACCAUUGCUAUCAUCAGAUAUGGAAAAAUACACCGCGGUUACAAGGUGAAACUGGCCGAGGAGAAUGGCGUGGCAGGUGUUCUGCUGUACAGCGACCCCUUCGACAGCCCCGCAGACCGGGCCAGUCCCUCGGGAGGGUUGCGACUGCAGGGGGACGGCGUGGAGCGCGGGAACCUCAAGAGCUACCCUGGCGACCCCGGAACCCCUUACCUUCCUGCCACAGAUGAUGUCUACAUGCCUCCAAGGAGCGACCGCAAGUCUCUAGGCCUUCCCUCAAUUCCUGUGCAGCCGGUCAGCUAUAACGAUGCCCGCCAGUUGCUCAACAACAUGUCUGGCAGCAUGGCUCCGGUGGAAUGGCAGGGAAGGUUGAACAUCACGUACAACUUGGGCCCUGGCUACAGCACUGGAGAUGAUGUUCAGGUGGAGCUGGCGGUGCACAACAUCUUGCAGCGCUCCAACAUACACAAUGUCAUUGGUGUCAUGAUGGGAAACUUCGAGCCAGGCAGGUAUAUUAUCGUGGGCUGUCACCACGAUGCAUGGACCAGAGGUGCGGGCGACCCUGGCACAGGGAUGGCUGCCCUCAUGGAACUGGUCCGACUGUUUGGAAGCCUCAGAAAGAACGGCUGGACUCCUGGCAGAACACUGGUGUUUGCUAGUUGGGACGCGGAAGAAUUUGGCAUGGUGGGCUCCAAUGAGUGGGUGCAGGCACACGAACAGGAGCUCUACCACCGCACAGUGGCGUACAUCAACCUGGACCAGGCAGUCUCAGGAAACAGCUCCCUGUAUGCACUUGCUAGCCCUCUGCUGCGUCAGGCACUGAAGGAAGCUGCGGAGCUGGUGCCCUGCCACGAAGGCUCGCACUCCGAGAUGAGCGUCUACGACAUGUGGAGAAUGCGCAAGCCUCGCGUGCCCAACAACGCGCAUGCACCACCACUCAUAAUGCCCCCCGCAUCAGGCUCGGAUUUCGCUUCCUUUUUGCUGAGCCUCGGAGUGGCUUCUGCACACCUGCAAUUUGUGGGAAAAGAUCCGGCAUCGGACUACCCACCGUACCACACGGCGUACGACACGUAUGAAGUGGUGGUGAACCACACGGAUCCAGGCCUGCGCUCGCUGUCCAGCCUCGUGCGGGUGGUCGGCGUGCUCCUGCUGAAACUGGUGGACUCGCUUCAGCUGCCCAUGCAUGCAGCCGACUACGCCGAGCAGAUACGGCUUGACUAUGCCGUCUUCGAGAAGACCUACGCCCCGCUGCUCAAGGAUCACAACAUUGAUCUCGAGCCGCUAUCCAAGGCCCUGAUCCAGUUCGAGCAGGCAGCGCUGAAUUUCCACGACAACUACGAGGAGAUGAAUAAAAACAACUUGCUACUGGCUCUUCAGGAGUACAAUGAUCGACUGAUGCAACUGGAGAGGGCGUUUCUUCUCCCCGCGGCCUAUCCUCACCACCCGCACUACAGGCACGUCAUCUACGGGCCAGACGUGGACAGCGGCUACCGCAGCGUGCUGUUUCCGCACCUGACGGCUGCCAUCGGGAAUGCACGGCAGGACAACCACUCCCCGAGCUGGAACCGCGUGCGCGAGUGCCUCUCGUACGUCGUGCAUGCCCUCCGGUCGGCCACCAACGUUCUCAGCAGCGCCGUCGUCAGCUGGCACGCCGGCGAGCUCUGAGCGGCUGCAGCGACAAGUGCCCACCGCACAGUGUGCUCCCCCAUCGUUCACUAUACUGUCCACUUCAUCCCUCCUGGCGAUCGCUGUUCUCCAUCCAAGCACACUUAGCAUCACGUGUACAUUACAACUUGAAGAAAGUGCACAGACUGACCUGCAUUUGCAAGGUCAUGCACAUUCAGAGCCAAAGCUACUUUUCAAACUCUUCCAUUCCCUGCACUGACUUAAACUUUUUCGCUAUAUAUUGGCAGUUUGGAGAUAUCAUUAACGUGCAAAUAGGACUAAAAAAGGUAUCUUUAAAGCUUGGUUGCAUAGCUUUUAAAGAUGCGUUGCCCUACUUUUUUGCUUGUGCAAUAACGUAAAGCAUCGGGGGAGAUAUGUUGCCGCAAAUUAUAUUAUCACAUGCAUGUUGGAACGGAUUCAGUUACACCUUGCUACAAUUCCCUAACCCUUGUAGGUCGUCAACUCUUGCUCAGAGUUCAGUCAUUGUGCUAGCUGAAGUGUUCCUUCCUUUGUUCAUCGCUGCUAAUUGCAGAGUGUUUCAUCCAGAUCUCACCCCUGUGUUAAUUAGUACCACCAUAAAGGCAGCAAUAUCAUGGCCGUAUUCUAACAUACCAAAGUUCUAAUUUAUUCAUUGCUUGCAUUUAAAAUUUUGUCAAUUCCCUCAAUCACAUCCUUUGCGUAUUGCUUAUAUCCAAGCCGUCUCUGUACUAAACUCUAUAGAACAACAGGAAUUCACUCUAAACUCAUAAAGUGUUAUUUCAAAACUGUUUUAAUUUGUUUUGAGGGAAGAAGUUUAUUACUGGCGGUGAAAAAAGAAAGGAGACUAAGCUUCCCUCUGUUGAAUUUCACACAUAAGCUACAGAGCUGGUACGUCAAUGUGGUGUCUCGCAUUUCAAAGCAUUCUAACAUAAUUGGACCGUUAUUGUCGGGAAAAAAAAAUGUUACCAGAACUUGCUAAGUUGAAUGCUUGGUUCAAUUAGGACGCAGUGAAACGUUCCUUUGCCGGCAAAGAGUUUACUACCCCAGAGCUCAUGCUGUCAAAAUUUGCAACAUUGCAGGAAGAUGGUGCAGUAACUUCAAGUUGGCAUUGCCGCCUGUCUUUCAUUUCUUUGCGUCUUUUCUGGCUUAUCAGGUUCACAAUAAUAAUGACAUUACUCAUGCUUUGCUCAUGAUCGAUGCCACCAACUGUCAACUAAUUCAGCUUAGCUUAACAUACUUCUUUAGAGCCCCUUUAAACCUUGCUUUUAUCAUGAUCACUGAUAUAAGGUGAUACCUUGAACACACCCUCGACUGUUCCUCUCUGAUCAUGCGGCAUACUAGCUGUUUCGUACAACCUGCCAUGAAAGUGUUUGCUUUCAUGCUGCUGGUUGGCUCCUGCUUGUUUGAAUGUCCCACUGAAGGUUGAUUACAAUCUAAUGGCUUAAUGGUUAAGCGUGAAGUAUAAUGGAAGUGGCAAUACAUGUGGGUUAGCAAAAUGGUGACCUAUGCAUCCUGAAGUGUGCAGACACAUUAACACUUGACUGUUGCAUGUGGAUGCAAAGUUUGCAUGUUGCUGAUCUUCUUAGUGCUUUUGAUUGGGUGCUCACUUGAGCUUGCAACAGUCUAGAGGGCACUAUGCUGAUGUCCAGCAAGCUCUCGUUAAAAAGGUCUAUUACUGGCAAGAACAGCACAGCAGUUGCAGUGACUCGAGUUCUUUACACCUUGCACUUUCACCAAAAAGUUGUCAUUUUGUACAUAAGUUCUUCACAAAGCACCUUGCGGCAUUGCUGAGAAGUCGCAAUUUAGCAGAUUUUGGGGUUUAGAUAUUUUUAAUACAUUGUGGUCAAUGAGCCAUUGUGAUUCAUUCCUUCAAAUGAAAGAUUUCCCGUGUCUAUGUGCGCAAGUACAAGUUUUUUUUUUUAAGUUUGCAAUGAAUGUAAAUUCAACUCUUCUUUGCCAUUAUAUUGCAUGAACUUUCAUAACCGUCCGCUUCACAUGACACUUAAGUCAAAUUAUAUGUAUAUGUUCACGUCAUUAAGUGGAACCACUUGAUGGUGUCCUGGUUGUCUGUGUUUCUCACAACCAGACUAGCGUGUCAUAAGGUGUGGCAGCUUGCAUAUGACACACCUUCUUAAUUACUUGUUGCACACCUAGUUGCUUCUGAAUUCAGCAUUUCUAGAGCAUUUGUCAGGCAAUAUGUGCUGUAAAGUAAUUAAGAAAUCAAUUUCUCGUGCACACCUCUUUGAAUAUUCCAGCUCAAGGAAUGGAAUUAUGCCAUCUUCCACAGGUGAUUUCUAAAAUUUCUGUAAAACUUCAAAAUGCUCGCUCGAUGUAUAAGUCAAUACUCUGAGGAUAACUGCAGAGUAUGCCACGCACUUCUCCUACAAUUCAUAAGCAUUUCAGCAUGAAUUGUUACCGUGAUGAUAGCUGUUUUAGAUAUGAGGUGAAUGUGUUGCACUGUGUAUGAAUAGUUCUGUGAAACAAAAGGUGAAUGGAAGUGCUACACAGGAAGUGAAGAAUGAGUCACGAAAACUAGCACUCCAUACCUGUGGCAAUUCCUAAAUUUCUUAUUAUAGUCUCACGAGUCUAUGUCUCACCCUAGCACAGUUUAUAGAGUGUGAGCAUUGCAGAAUUAGGCUUGGUAUCUUCUUUGCACGAAGCAUCUUUACUAGAACAUGAACCAGCAAAUGAAAAACACACAUCUUAUCAGCCAGAUUGUUUGAUGAGGCAAACAAACGACAACAUGCUUCUAACUUGCAGCUAUCGUCAAAUAAUUUAAAGCAUUCUAACCAGCCAAUCCUUCAAAUGCGCUGCACACAGUUAGUUCCACUUGAGACUUUGUUCAGAGAUGACAUUAUCACACAUCUUGAACACAUGACUGGUUGAAAGUAAAAUGGCGAUGCGCUAUUUUAAAAAUUGCGAGGUCUGAGUACUGCAAGAAACCUGAACUUGUGUGCGGUUUAGGCAUGCAACCAUAGAAAAGUGGAUCGCCAUGCUUACUGCACAUGCCAGUGCGUAACUGAAUUCGAAGCUGCAUGCCUAAGCUUCACAGUUCAGGGUUCUGAUGGAUUUCAUGUUCCUUAAAGGUACCCUGAAACACUUUUCUAACUAAUGGCCUAACUAUCAAAGAAAAUCACCUCACGAAUCUCCUGCCGCGAAAAUUGUUCUAGUCCUUCAAGUAUAAGCAGAGUUAGAGGUAGUUAUCACACCAAUGCGCGGCUUUCUCUCACCUUUCACCUACACUAGCGUGAUGGAAGCUACACACGGUGGAUGGCAAGAGGGCAAGGCCCCGCCCAAAAGUUUAGCAUUUCUAUAUUUAUUUUUUUUUAUGACUCUACUUCCGGUUCAGGUGUGUGCGUCACUUUCUCGACGCGAGAUGGGCACUGGGGCUGCCUCGCGUCGCCAUGCCCCUCAAGCUAUGUCACCCAUAGAGACCAAUCGGAGCACUUGGUUGUCAGCAGCCUUGUCAGCAGACUUGUUUCGGGGCUGAAAACACAUUGAAAGCAUCGCUGAACAUAACUAUAGUGUAACUAGAGCUCUGUGGCUGUGGCCAUCAUUGUAAUGCAAUAUUAAGACAUUGCUUACUCAUCAGUACAGAGGGAUGGAAGGUGGGGAGAAUAAAAAUGGGAAAAAAAGUUCAUUAGAUUAAGUUUUCAUCCUCUGUAGGCUGGCAGCAGUAGGGGACUAAAAUGAGCAUUUGCUUGUGUGAUGCUCAGAGUAAUUUUCUGCUUACUAUAUAUAAGGAAAAACUGAAGGAAUGCACAAUACCCUUACUGAAGAAUGCCCUGCAGGACGUUGUGACAGAGUUAUGUUUAUAUCACACAUCUUACAAGUAAAACCAAAUGGUACGUUUUUUAGCAUCACUGUGCUGCCAAAGGUUAGAAGACUGGCAGAAAUUUGAUGAAGGAAAGCCAAGCAUUCUUAAGCCAAAGGGUAAAAAAGGUGCAUACUUUUGUUUGUGCGCAUUCUUUGAGGCCACUGCGGUGUUGUGCAUCUCCUAUUUUUACCCGGCUGUGUUAUGGUUUUUUUUUUUCCAUAACCAAGCUUGGUUUCGAGGUUGUUGAAAAACCUCUUGCUUCUUGUUCUUUUGUACAGUAGCAUAAUGGCAUCGACAGAAUGUGUUUUGUGUGCGUGUUUGUGAGUGAUGUUUUGACAUACACUCAGAAGAACUUAGGCACAUGAUGCAUUUAUAUUUUCAACAACUUCUCUCUGGGCUUGCUGUUGUUUCCUGGUUGCAUGAUGGACGUUGGCACUUACAGGCAGCCACAAGUGAUCCUCUAAGAUGCCUUGCAUACAGAGUGGUCAGCUGUUAAGACUCAACACACUAGCACUAGGGCAUGAGUAAAUUUUCUUUCGUGGCAAGUGCGGAAGCUUUGCAGCUAAUGGUUUGUGGCUGGCAGGCAGUGCUGUUAUCUCUCGAGUAGCCUGUCAAAGGCAUCAAUGCUACUUUCACCAACAGCUCUCAGCUAGUUCCCCCAGUGGGCCAAACACUUUUAUGUUAUCUUUAAGAAUUGACUGCCUGUGCAACUACGAAACAUCAACCAGUCCUGCAGAAAGUUCACUUAGGACAUUGUUUCUUAGGAAGUAAACCUGUCCUUUUAUGUUCCUCAUCUUGUUCUUGAAGUCACUACUUUAGUUUUCGGUAAAGGGUGCUUUUCAUGUGGCCGUUCUUUUGCUAUUGCCCGUUUGUACCAACGACGUCUGUAAUGAAUAUUUUAUGAUGCGAGCCACAAUUUAGGCUACCUACGCUCUUGCACAUGCGGGUGCUGGGGAAGUUGGAGGGUGAAGCAAUUAUACAUCUCUAACGAGUACACUUCCUCUACUUCUUUUAACAGAGAAUGGUAAACCCGGUGAAAAAUUGUAACAAUAUAAUUUGUCGUCGUCCUACCUACAAGUGCAGAAGCCAACAAAGGGCGAUUGCUUUUUUGACCUCUGGAGAUUUCUGUCAUGCCCUUGCUCUGGAAGAGCCCGCCCGCAAGUUAAUUUUUUGUGAAUUUUAAUCGCAGCCUGAAAUUAACUGUUUGACGAGUCGGUUGGUAAUAGUUCGUUUGAGCAAUACAAAGAAAAAGAUGCAUCUUACACCAGCGCUAGUGUGAUGUGUGUGUGUAUAUUUUAUGUGUUUGGUACAUCUUAUUUUCUCAACCAUAAUUUUUAUGCAUUGUUGUGUGUGAUAUCCAGUUUACUGUGAUGUGAUCUCAAGUUAUUCAACUUGAAUGUUCUGUCAUGUUUACAGCUUGAGGUGGUGCACAUUUUUCUUUUUAAUGUGCUGACGAAUGAGGUUAAAUACAGUGAGAUUGGGAUCUCACAAAUUAGGAAACCAUUAUUCUGUUAAAUUUUUUCCGUCUUGUACAAAAGCCUAACCUUGUGUUUUAGGCGUUCUCAAUUGCUUUUGUGCAUUGUACGCAUUUGUUAUUGCGACAUUGUGUCCAGUGGAGAGUGUAUUGCUAUGGCUGCAAAUAAUGCGCAUUCAUGAUGGUACAAGCAUUGUUCUGUGUUACAUAAGUGUGGGUGCGAGAUGUUUGAAAAGUUUUACUCUGAAUUAACUGAAAAGGCAUCCAGUUCACUGCAAAACAGGUCUUGCUUUUUUAACUUUUUUUUUUUCGCGCUAGAAAUGCACAUAGUUUUGGUAUUUUCUGGGAGUUGCAGUUCUUCAUUUUCAAUCGCCGUCAUCCUCCCACAGAUAAUCUCUGCCAAGUAGGUAAACGCUAGAUAGUAGAUAGCUCAAGGCUCACUCACUAGCUGCCGAGGGCAGCUUCCUAAGCUCGUAACGUGGCAGCUAUUGGGUUCACCGCAUCCUACAUCACCGAUAUUCAACAUUUGUUUGAUACCUUUGCCCCAUGCUACCCUCCGUGGGGGUGUAGGAGCUUGGAACAGUUACUAUUGCACGAGACCAUUUUCACGAGAAGCACGAGCACUUAGUGUAAGUCUGCCCCUUUUUUACUCACCACUCGUCUAUCUCUGUCCACUCCCUUUUUAUUUUUUUAGGUAAUUUUAAAUAGUUGCAUGUAGUGUAUAUAAAUUUUCAGCAAUACCGUUUGAUAUUUUGAUGCCUUCACCUGUUUCAUUGCCAUGUAGCCUAGCAAGCCAAGGGCACGGUACCACAAUGGAAGGUCUUUUUCAGCGCAUGCUGAGUGGUUUCACCAGUAGAGGCUGACAGAACGAAAGAACUCUCUCAAUGGCCUAAUUUUCUGCUGACAUUAUUUUAAUGUCAUGUCGCCGUUGGGUGUAUAGGCUGUAAUGGACAGUAAACAUUGUAUUGUCCACUUCUGUCACUUCUGCGAGGCGUUGUUCCGUAUUGCUGGGUGCUUUUUCACAGAAGUGAAUGUAUACUGCUGAAAAUAGCCAGUUGGGAGCAAAGCAGAAACUCAUUGAUGCAUUAAAAAAAGAAGAAUUUGUGAUGUGUGAAAACGUUGGUGGUUCAAACGGGGUAUUUUUUAUGUUCUCUGCUGUGAACAUGUAAACUGGGGGAUCGUAUGACUCACACAUGUAUCAGCGAGUUCUGUAUUGUACAUAACCUGCUUGAUGAACACCUCCAUGAAAGGAAAAGGAACAUGUACUUUCCUUUGUGAGCAUAUAUAAACAGGAAGAUUGCGCAAACUGGGGGUGCAUCAUUAAAUUCUGUAAUGUACAUGUCCAAGUUAACCUGCCUGUUGAACCCCUUCAAGAAAAAAGAAAAUGAACAUAGACUAUCAUGUUUCUCCCUCCCGGUGUUAGCUAGAAUGUCGCCGUCAGCAGUGUAACAAAUCAAAAGUUUGAAUUUUUCAGUUUUAUGUUUAGUGCAACAGCAGCUAGCAGACAACGUAUUUGCCUGCAGAGUCUUUCAUCGAUUUUUAUGCAACAUAACCAUCCCAAGCAUGACUAACGCGUGCCAAAGGCAGCCAAUCAUUUUAGGACAUUCCUCCUUCUUGGAUGUUGUGCAACCUUUCUAGGUGUUGUGUGGCUGUUGGUGGCGUGUUUCCCUUCCACUGCACCUAGAUGCCGUAGCUGCUUUGAGGUUGAACGGGAAUAGCUGUCCGCCAGGCCUGAACCGAGUUUCAGGUCAGAUCGGAGAGCUCCCUGCAAACGUUACCAGAGAGAACUCUAGCAGGUGCCAUCAGAAUGAUGGAUAGUAAAUGGAUUUGCGUAAUCUUUGUGCUUGUAGCUUCUGACGUUCACGUGGCAUUAUCUUUUACGCCUUAUCUAUCCAUAUUUCAAGGCAAUCGUAUUUUUUUAAGUGCAUGAAGACAAUAAGUUUGGGUGUGCAUGCAUAAUCGCUGCCGAUUGCUGCAUUUACAACACAUUUCAUUCAAAAACGAUCAAUUUUCAAGGUUACAAAACCAGUUUGAAGCCGGAAGGACAAAGUUUAGGCAAAUCCAUGUCCUACCUAUCAUUGCCAUGCUUGCUGAACAGUCACACUUGUAGCUCCAGCAGACACUACUGCCGGAGUUCUCUCUAGGAAUUUGUCAGGAACUCGGAUAGCCGAGUUCUGCACUAGAGUGUGACACUUUUUUUUUACACUUUAGUGUUAGUGACAUUACAUGAAGAAGAAAGUUUGUAUCUCUAUACAGUGUUGAUCAUCAUUAGUGCUACAAGAUUGUUUAUGAGAUGCGUUUGAAAGUAGGUCACGUUAGAAAAUUGCCUCGCUAGGCUCCCCUUCUUGCAAAUAGAGUUGUAUAUGCGGUUGUGAAGCACAUGUGCUAUUUGAACCCGGUUUCAGGUUUUCGUGGACCGGUGAGCUUUAAUUUUGUUCUUUUUUCACAGGUUUGGUUCUGAAAUUUUAAGGUGUGUGUCCGUGUACAUUUUCACAGUGUGUGUAUUGAAAAAUACAAUAUGCCCCAUAUUCAAUAAUCCCGUAUGAACAUAUGGGGGGGGAUCCCAUAUAAAACCCAUUAGUUUCCAGAUAUCACGUGGAGCAAGUCUUGUAUGAGGAUAUGGAAGUCCCAUAUAAAAAUCUGUUUGUUCCCCUAUAUAAUAUAGGGCAAGUCUCAUAGAUGUUUGGGAACAUGGAGGUUUCUAUAUGGAACCCCCAUUGGUUCAUAUGGGUUUAUUCUAUGUGGGGCUCGUGGAUAUUUUCGACAGGCAUAGCUACAACUUAUCCAUUGUAGGGUUGGGAAGAAUACUAUGGUUGUUUUGUUGGAAAGUUUGUCCUAAAGUUUAUUAUGCUUGAUUGCUCAGAAUUGGGGGGGGGGACGUAUCGAGCAAUUAUCUUGCUUCCAAGUUGGUUGUUACUGUGGGCAUCCGUUGAGAGUAAUGUUUCAUCAUACUUCCUUUUUUUUCUGUUUUGCAAGGUUGGUGCUGUUUGUGAUCACUACUUGCACUUUAACCUUGACUUAUUUUGGGGGGCUUCUGAAAAAAAUUCUGUUGCUGAGGCACGCGCCGCUUACACUACUAGACAUGGGAAGCUCAAGGAGAAGCAGUGAGGAAACCGUUCUUGGUGAACCCUUUCCUCGUUAUGUGAUAGACACAAGGAUAUCUACGCAGACAGCUUUUGUUUGUGACUAUGGUUUUGCUUUUCCUACAGUAGCUCCCCGUUGCUAAUAUUUGAAACACUCAAAGAUCUAAAUUAUGCCCACCGAUUCUUUUGUGAAAAGGACUUUGCGAGGAAAUAAUCCUAGCAAUGGUGGACUAUAAUUUUCUUCUGGCGUUGAAUUCAGAGGUAAAGAAAUGUAACCUGUGAUACCUGGCUUGCCAGGGGCCAAUCUUUAUUUUAAACCCUGAGGCCCCGGCAACUACUCCUUGAUCUUUUGUUCGGAGACCUUGUCUCGCUAAUUAUUAUUCACUUUUCUUGGUUCAAUGUGUAAUAUACGUGAAGGCAGCACAACCAGUAUUAAAAAGGAGGAGUACUGACAUAUAUUUUCGAAGCUGUAGAAAACCUAUAACACGCUUCUUGCAUGCAAAAGAAAAGAAACAACAAAGUGGAAACGCAAGAUACUUUAAUUUGAUCCUAAAGUUGGGGGUCUCGAAAUGCCUGAACUCACAUCAUUGACAUUAUCUCGACGUCAUGGCUCGGAGUAAAAUUCACUGAUGUUAAUGUAGCAGUAAAGCUAGGUACAAUGAUUUCGCUCAUAAAAAGUAAACGAGAGUUCUGUGCGUUUCUUUUUCUUUUUUCCCCUUUUGGCUGCGCUUACAUGUAACAACUGCAGUGAUCACGGGAAUGAAGCAAGCGAGAAUAUUGUGACGUCAUUUCACAUCCACCCACUGUGUACUAAAGCCGAUAUGGGUUCAUAGAAACGAGUAUUCUAUAAAGUUUUUUAGGCCACUCUGAUGCUUUCCAAUAUUUUGCUAUGGUUUAGAGGGCUUGAUAUUUCAUCUAACACAAAAAGAAGGAAGAAAAGACAAGUAGAAAAUGUUAUGUUAGUACUCCUUAAAAAAAUCUACUAUAAUAUAUGCUUGCCUGGAUUAUCAUACUUUUUUGUGGUUUGUGCUGACAAAUACUGACAUAAAAUUCACUUUUUUAAAAUCUGUUAUUUUGCAAAUGUGUGUGUAGUCAAGAGAGUGUUAUUCAUAGAGAGAUGGACAAAACUGUCAAAUUUUUACCGUUUGUGCUUUUUACACGGUUUGUGAGGAGUUUGCUCUCUGUCUAGUCUUAUAUGUAUGAUCAUUGUUUACAGAAGUGAAUUGACAAUGCUGCCGUUAUUUACAUAACCCUCAAUUUGUCACAUGUCUCAUUUAAGGCGUGUCAGUUUUUUUAAUGAUCUUGAUAUUUCUCUUUGGUAUUUCAAUCCAUGCCUUUUAUGAACGGUGGUGGUUAAUAAAUGUUCUGUACAUGUUGCAAAUAAAGAUCACUUUCUUUACACAGGA